AUGGAGCGAAUGGUCAACAGACGGCUGAUGGACCUACUGGAGGAGCGUAAACUCCUGGAUCAACGGCAGUUUGCGUUCCGACGUGGAGCAGGAACAGGUGCCUAUCUCACCAGCUUUAAAGAGGUGGUGCGUCAAUCCGUAACUGAUGGCCUGCACGCCGAUAUCGCCAUACUCGACGUGGCGAAAACUUAUAAUACCGUGUGGCGUCACGGAGUACUACAACAACUGGCCAACUGGAGAAUCACUGGAAACAUGGGCCACUUCUUGAGCGACUACCUAUCUAAUCGCACUUUUCGGGUAGGAAUCGGAGGUGCCCAAUCCGACACCUUUUCGGAAGACAACGGGGUUCCCCAGGGAUCAGUCCUCGCCGUCACACUGUUCCUGGUAUCCAUGAACUCCUUAUUCGCCAGCCUACCGGCGGGGAUCUACGUGUUCGUGUACACUGAUGACAUCGUGCUGGUCGCGACGGGAAGGACCACCAUACGUACCCGCCGCAAACUUCAAGCCGCCGUAAGUGCGGUGAGCCGAUGGGCUGCAUCAGUCGGCUUUAACAUGUCUCCCACGAAAAGCAUGAUUACGCACUGCUGCAACACAAACCAUAUCGCAACAGGGAGGCCGAUCCAGCUGGACGGGGUGACUGUCCCCUACCGCAACCAUUAA